GAAUCGAAAAUUGCAACCGAUGAUUUUUAUGCUGUAGAAAAUGCGCAGCAGUUUUAGUGUGUCUAUGAAAUAAAGCAAAUAGGAAGUGAACAUCAAGGGAAAUUAAAAAUGAGUUCUUUUAGCUCAAAUCAAAUUAAAAUUACGCAUAUCAUAAAUGCGCACUUGUUUUGGUUCAAAUACGUGCCGGAUCCAGAUGCAGAUGAAAAAAUUGCGGCGAUCGAAAGCGCGAUUGAACAAUUUGUAGUCGAAAAUGGUUUCGAUGUAUAUGCCGAACGAAGCAAUGGGAAAUAUCGUCUCGAAACGAUUGUGGGAGUAUUUUUGGUGUCAGAAAAGAAGUGGAUUCGCGGUGAAGUUGAUGUGAGCGGCGGUGAGCCGGCAGUAGAGGACGAGAUAAUUAUCUGGGCAACCGAUUAUGGCAUUCCGGUGAAAACAACCCUUGACAAAGUUGUUCUUUUGAGUGUCGAACUCAAGAAACAGUGCUAUGAAACACCAUCGAAUAUUUUACAAGGCGGUAUAUGUAAUAUCGCGCCGGCUUCAUUGAAAGUCAAUACGCAGAAAGAAGUGCGCGUUUUGGAGGACACAAAAUGGGGCCCAAAUGUAAUCGAUGCUAUGGAACAAAUGAAGUUAUACUCAAAAGUUACGCUUCACUUUGAACAGAAAUUUGAUAUCAACGACCACGUGUUUGGACACUUAACACUGCAACGGCAAAAUAAUGAUGGAAAAAAAUCAUUCGCCAACAUAUUGAUCACGGCUUAUAAAAAUGCCAUUGACGUGAUAGAGCAAAAAUUUAAGCGCGACAUUGCCGCAAGCGACACAAUAAAAAUCAAACGCUGGCUCGACAACAAUGGCCACAUUAAUUGCAUCGACAAUUGCAACAGUAAAAGCAUUUCAAUAUCAAGCCCAUCCAGCUUCUACUCAAAUUCCGCCAGUUCUACUCCAAAAACGGGUGGAUCAUCGCAGAAAACCGACAAUUCGUCGUCAAAAGAUAUCAAAACGUCUCCGAAGGAGGAGAAAACUGCGCCAAAAGAAAUUGACCAAAACAAAUUAUUGCGAAAAGUCUCACGUAUGCAGUUGAUGUCAACAAUUCAGAGGGUUCAGGCUUUGGCAAAUACACCUGAAACCGCCUCAUCCCUCGAUUCGCAAUCAUUGCAAAAGAUGGAAGUAAAAUCAAAAAAAAAUUCAGAAUCCACGCAGUCAACAUCGUCGAUGCAAUCAAAACCGUCGGUUCAAUCGAAGCAAUCAACACAACCAACGCCGUCAACGGCAUCGUCUAUCACGCAAAGCUUACCAUUGGCACAAAUCGAAGAAGCCAGCCUGUUCAACAAAAUCCAGAGCGUACCAGUUUUUGUUCGAAACAACGUUGAGAAGCCAAUCGAAUCGAUCAAAUCGGCACCAUUCACCUCCGCUGUCCACACUGGCAUGAAGAAGAUGAAUUUGCAAGAGACGUACUUAAUCCAAGGAUACGCAUGGCCAAAUCUGUUGCGUGGAAACUCCAUGAUUUUGGUUGACUCACAAAAUCGUGGCAAAACUAUGGCUUAUCUGCCGGCGCUAUGUUCAAUGGUUCAGAGAGAAUUCGAAAAUGCUGAAGCAGAAAGAGGCGACAAGAACAAGCCACGUUCGAAAAUGGGUGCAACGGCAAUAAUUGUUUGCCUAACGUCAAAUGUGAAGAAAAUUGCAGACGAUUGUCGCACAAUUUUGCAAAUGCCGUCAUUCAAAAGCAACGUCGUCGAAGCCAUUGGAACACGUGAUGCUGUCAGUGUGACGGUUAAACUCUAUAAUGGUUGCAAUAUUUUGGUAGCAACUGCACCGUGUCUCGUAGAUUUGAUUACGAAGUCGGAACAUAUAUUCAAAAGCGACCGGCUCAAGUGCAUUGCAUUUGAAAAUCUGGACUGUAUCAUGGAAAAACAGCCAGACAUAGUCAAUUUCAUCGUUAAGAAUCUCUGCUCGCGAAAAUCAUACAAAGGUGGCAUGCGGCAAUUUAUUGUCACAUCGCGCACAUGGCAAUCCACAUUGCUCAAGUUCAUGAAUGAACGUGAUGUUGCUGACUCAGUGCUCGUCAUUGGCAACUAUUUGGAAGCCGCAUUUUGCGCUGGUGUUUUGAUGCACUUCAGACUGUGCAAGAAUGAAGUCAAACUGGACAUUUUAACAGAGCACAUCCAAACGAUAUCCUAUCGCACGGAACGUACAAUGGUUGUGUGCAACAGCAGCACCGAAGCUGAGCAAGUCACCAAACACCUCGAUUCGAAGAACAUACCGUAUGAAUGGGCCAAAGAUAUUGAAUCGAAUUAUGCACAAGCUAAAAUCAAGUCAUUCUGGGGCAAAGUUGAAGGCAUUCUCAUUUGCACCGAUGCACAUUUACCCGGAUUGGAAAUCAAAAACGUACAACAUAUUCUGCAUUUCAGCGUUCCCACAAAAGAGUUCCGCUCAUUCUUGUCACGCCAUUCAACAUUGUUGGACUUCUAUGACGAAGGCCGAAAUAAAGAGAAAGCCACGUCAACCAUAUUCCUUGAUGACGAUAACUUUGCACAGUUACCCAAACUCGUGGAAUUGCUCACACGUGAUGGACAGCAAGUGCCAAAGCAAGUCAUGGAACUAAGCCAGAGUGCUCGCAUGAUGAACAAAAGGGACAAAGCUAAAAAACAACGCUUUCAAUCGAUUUGCAACUUCGUUUUUAUGCAUGGCGUCACUGAACAUCAAGCGAUGUGUUCUCAUCGUCAUUUGUUGUUGCCGUCUGACAUUUUGGACGAUUCAGAGCCGAUGGCGAGUGGUCAUUUACGGUUCAAUGUACUGAAAAUCAUCAGUCCAACCGAAUAUAUUGUUCGACCAACGGAACUCAAAGCGGGGGAACAUGGAACAUGGCGAACAAUUAACAAUUCUGAUGAAUUCGAUGAUGUCAAUGCAAAAAUGCAAGCUUACUACAAAGACACUAUCAACCAAAAGGUGUUGCACACAUUGGAAUUAGGCCAAAAGUGUGUUGUUCAGUGCCAUGAAAUAUUCUAUCGAGCUGAAAUCAUUGAAAUAUACGAAAAACGAAAAGUCACCGAUGUUGACAUAUUCGAGGUGCGUUUCAUCGAUACUGGUGAAGUUGAACGUCGUAAUGCGUUCGAAAUCUUUACGCUUGACGAACAAUUCCAAGCUCUUCCCAAUCAAGCAUAUCACUUGCACUUGACCAGCAUAAUUCCAGCCGACAAAGAAGAUGACUGGGAUCCAUGCCUGUGUGAAAAAGUCCGCCAAUAUUUGAGUGAAUUGAACGCAAAUGAUAAUGAUUCAAUUUACGAGGCAACCAUUGUGUUUACGCUACGCAAUACAAUCAUUGUCGAUGUGAUGCGACUCACCGGUCUCAAGCGUGGCAUUAUCCAUUGUUCGAUCAAGUCAUACUUACAACGAAGAAAAUAUGCCAUUUCAUCGAGCGCUAGCCGGGACAAAGUUGUCGAAAUGGCCAAGGCAGUCGGUGUUAAAAUUAUUGCCGAAUCACCGCCAAAGGUAAACCCAACCUCUGAACCAUCAGCCAAAGCAAACAUAAAUUCGAAAGUUGGAAAUGAAAAAGAAACAACAUAUUCGCGCAAUGAAUCCAGCGAUGCUCUCAUAUCAUUUGAUGACUCGGGCAGCGAAUCAAUUUCACAGGACGAAAGUACCGACAAGUGGGAAUGCCCGUGGAAAAUUCAACACAAAUCUGUCAUCAUCUCACAGUUUAACAGUCCAAAUGAUUUCUAUGUGGUUCUGCAAUCCGAAAAGCGGAAGCAAAUGUAUGAUACGAUUAGUGAACACAUGACCAAUACAUCAUUCAAUGAUUCCAUGGGCUGUCCGGAUGUGUACAAAUAUUGCUUGGUACUCGUGGCCGAUGGCUAUGAACGCGCCAAAGUCAUUGAGGUCAUUUACGGCGAAGAUAUCCAAUUGAAAGUGUUCCUGGUUGACACUGGCUUCUGCCCAAUAGUUGAUAUUUCCAACGUCUACGAUAUUCCAGACAAUCUCAUUCAAAUGCUCCCAUUCCAGGCAAUUUGGUGUAAUUUGGUUGGAAUCAAACCAGCUGAAAAUGCUGGAUGUGAAGUUGCUCAAUGGAAUGAACAACAUAUUGACGCAAUUUACGAGGCAAUCGAUGGAUAUGGCAACGACCUGGUUUUACAUACGGUUUCCACGGAUAAAUCGGUCAAAUCGAAAAUUGCCGACACAAAUUUUGUGCGUCACGACAUCGUCUUACUGGCUAUACCAGACGAAGAUCAGCAAAUUAAUAUGAACCAAUUGCUUGUGGCACAAGAGUUGGCUGAUUUUGAUCCAAGCACACGACACUCAUUGGAUAAUGUUCCAAUUUUGGUGAGUGACGACAAUGAUGACGACAGUGAAAGCGAUUGGGAUGAUGAAUGUAAAGCUUAUGGCAACGAACAACAAAAGAAAUGGGUCAUGGUUGAUAAUCCACCAAAUAGAACGGAAUCGCCGGAAAGUGACAUCAGCAAUGAUUUUGAGAAAAUCAAUGAGCUUCUGAACGAUGACUCAUUCAUGCAAGAAGCAGAAGAUUUUCUCCGUGAUUUGUGCAAAUCCAACAAAGAAGGUGGUGAACAAAAUGGCACAGAGCCCGAAAUAGAGCAAAAGUCAGCAAUGAAAGUCGAUGAUUCCACAAUUAAACCACAAAUGGAAUCAAAAUCAAAAAUUGAAUGGAACAACAACAAGUUGGAUAAUGGCUAUGCGUCGACAAGCAAUGGAUCGAGCGAAGGAAGUGAAAAUUCAACGGAUUGUCAAAUUGAAAAUUCAAGUGAAGACUCCGGCAAUCCAGGUGAUCGGCAUCAAUUGGAAUACGUAUACAAACGUCCACGCGUCUUCUGGUGGCAAACCGAUGAAAUGAUUGUAUUGAAAAUCAGUGCACACGACAACGUGAAAUAUGGACUCGAAGUCACAUCUGAACAGCUGGUUUAUGGUACCAUUGAAAAUGACGAGAAAAUUGUGGCAAUCAUACAUUUCUUUGGCUGUGUGGACUAUAAGCUCACAACUCACGAAUUACGAGGCGUUUACGUUGUGGUACGUUUGCGGAAAUCAUGCCCAAUCAAGUGGCCACGAUUACAACACACAGCUCAGAAAUGCACAUGGGUUGUUCAAAACAUCGAUGCCUUCAAGUCUGAAGAAUUUUAUGACGAUGCCAUCGAAAAAUUGGAAAAAAUAAAAAUCGAUAGUGACUCAGACGAAGAGUCCAAUGAUAAUGUUGUACCAGCAGGAGCCCAUUUGGAUCUCGAAGAUGACGACGAUUCGUUUGACGAGCAUUCAGAAUGAGCUCCCUUCUAAAAUGUCACUGUUUACAAGUGUUUCGAAAUUUCAUCAUCGCAGGCGUUUCAAUAUCGCUUUGAGUGCAAAAUCCGAAGACGGAAAUGAAUUCUAUGUUCUUUGCGUUUUGAAAAUUGUUGUGAAACUAAACCAUAAAAAACAUAUAUUUCGUUACAAAAACAAUCAAAGUUUAUACAAAAACAUUAUUUCCAUUAUUAAAAAGUGAACUUUUCCCAUUAGAGUUCAUAGCGUAAAAAUUAAAA